AUGUCCUUCACCGCACAACCCUCAGACGCGGCGUCCAUUGCGACGAUCCGCACCCUCGCCGCCGAUGUCGUCGGCAAGGCCAACUCUGGUCACCCAGGUGCUCCCAUGGGCAUGGCACCCGUCGCGCACGUCCUCUUCACGCGCUUCUUCAACACCAACCCGAAGAGCUCAAAAUGGUUUAACCGUGAUCGCUUCGUGCUCUCGAACGGUCAUGCCUGCGCUCUUCAGUACAUUACCCUCCACCUCAUGGGCUUCAAGCUCAGCCUGGAGGACCUCAAGCAGUUCCGUCAAAUCGGCUCCUUGACACCUGGUCACCCCGAGGCAGGGCACACCGAUGGUAUCGAGUUGACUACCGGUCCUCUCGGCCAGGGUAUCUCAAGCGCCGUCGGUCUCGCCAUUGCACAGGCACAUUUCGCCGCCCUCUACAACAAGGACGGCUUCAAUCUCAUCGACAACUACACUUACGUCUUCCUCGGUGAUGGCUGCCUCAUGGAGGGCAUCUCUGGCGAGGCCUGCUCCCUUGCCGGUCACCUCCAGCUUGGCAACCUGAUUGCCAUCUGGGACGACAACCAUAUCUCCAUCGAUGGUGACACCGCCGUCGCGUUCACCGAGAAUGUCGAGCAGCGCUACCUCGCCUACGGCUGGCAGGUCCUUCACGUAGACAACGGUGACAGCGACCUCGAGGGCAUCUACAACGCCAUCGCAGAGGCUCGCAAGGAGAAGAACAAGCCUACCCUCAUUCGCCUUCGCACCACGAUCGGCUUCGGGUCCAAGCAGCAGGGCACCCACGGUGUCCACGGUUCGCCGCUCAAGGCCGAUGACAUCUCGCAGCUCAAGAGCAAGUUCGGCUUCCCGCAGGACCAGUCCUUCUACGUCCCAGACGAGAUCUACUCCACCUGGGGCGAGAUCGGCAAGCGCGGCAAGGACCUCGAGAGCAAGUGGACGUCUCUCCUCGCCGAGUACGGCAAGAAGUACCCGACUGAGCAUGCCGAGCUCACCCGCCGCAUCGCCGGCGAGCUGCCGAAGGGCUGGGAGUCCAAGCUCCCGACAUAUACCGCGAAGGACGCUGCACAGGCUUCGCGCAAGCUCUCCGAGAUCGUUCUCACUGCUAUCACGCCCGUUCUUCCCGACCUCAUGGGUGGCUCGGCCGACUUGACAGGCAGCAACUUGACGCGCGUCAAGGGCGUCGUCGACUUCCAACCGCCCAGCACCGGCCUCGGCGACUACACCGGUACCUACAUCCGCUAUGGUGUCCGUGAGCACGCCAUGGGCGCCAUCGGUAACGGUCUGCACGCAUACGGCGGUAUCAUCCCCUUCGUCGCGACCUUCCUCAACUUCGUCUCUUACGCGGCCGGCGCUGUUCGUCUGAGCGCGCUCAGCGGUCACCAGGUCAUCUGGGUCGCGACACACGACUCCAUCGGUCUCGGCGAGGACGGCCCUACCCACCAGCCGAUCGAGACCGGCAUCCACUUCCGCUCGUUGCCCAACUGCGCCUUCUGGAGGCCCGCAGACGGAAACGAGACGAGCGCCGCAUACUACGUCGCAUUGACAAGCAAGCGCACGCCCUCGAUCCUCUCGCUCUCCCGCCAGAACCUGCCGAACCUCGAGGCGUCGACUAUCGAGAAGGCCACCAAGGGCGGCUACGUCGUACACGAGGAGGAGGGCGAGGCGCUCACGAUCGUCAGCGCUGGCUCCGAGGUGUCCAUCGCGCUCGAGGCUGCUGGCAAGCUCGCUGCUGAGGGCAUCAAGACGCGUGUUGUCUCGAUCCCGUGCUGGCUCGUGUUCGACCAGCAGCCGCAGGAGUACCGCUUGAGCGUGCUCCGUUCUGGUGCGCCCAUCUUGUCGCUCGAGGCGCUUUCUACCGCUGGCUGGGCCAAGUACUCGCACGAGCAGUACGGUAUCGACACGUUCGGCGCUUCUGGCCCGUACAAGGAGGUGUACAAGAAGUUCGGUAUCACCGGCGAGAACAUCGCCUCGGUCGGCAAGAAGGUCGUCGAAUUCUACAAGAAGAAGGGCGGCGAGGUUGUCUCGCCCAUCCUCAAGGCCUUCUGA